GGACCGAGGCGCGGACGGGGGGCGUCCCAGGGCGGGUGACGGGGAAAUAGCGCGGCUCGCGCUCCUCCCGGGCUGGCAGCGGGGCUGCUUGUGGCUCCUCCUCGGGGCCAGUCCCGAGCCGGGCGGCGGGGGGGCGGGAGGCGGAGAGCGAGGGCGGGGGCUCGGGAAGGAGGGAGGAGGGAGGGACCAGGCGCGCCAGUGACAGGGUGGCAGCCUAGGAGCGGACGCGUUGCCGCCGCUGCCGCUCCACCUCCUCCUCCUCCUGCAGCUCCUCUCGCUGCUGCCGCCGCCACCGCCGGGAGAAGUUUCGCUCCCGACCCUCGCUCGGAGCGAGGACCCGGAGCGGAGCGGGGAGCGCGGCCGGCAGCUGCAACCCGCAGUGGGCCAGGCGCCCGGAGCGCUCCGACCCGGAGCCGGCGUCGGCGCCUGGGCGGCGGGCAGCGGCCCGGGCUGGGGGCGCUGAGGCGGAGGAGGGGCGGGUGUGAGCCGAGGGACCCGCGCGCAGCGCCACAGCCGCUCAGCUAGCGUCCGCGCCGGGGGCAGUCGCGAUGGCCGUGCGCUCCCGCCGCCCAUGGAUGAGCGUGGCACUGGGGCUGGUGCUAGGCUUCACCGCCGCGUCCUGGCUCAUCGCCCCUAGAGUGGCCGAGCUGAGCGAGAGGAAGAGACGCGGCUCCAGCCUCUGCUCCUACUACGGCCGCUCGGCCGCUGGCCCCGGCGCUGGCGCGCAGCAGCCGCUCCCCGCACCUCAGCCCCGGCCGCGGCUGGAGCAGUCGCCGCCCCCCGCGCGCCAGGAGCUCCAGGGGCCGCCGCCGCUGGCAGAGGCGGCGCCCGGGGUAACCAGUUUUCGGAGCAGCCCCUGGCAACAGCCACCCCCGCUGCAGCAGCGGCGACGAGGACGCGAGCCCGAAGGCGCAACGGGGCUGCCAGGCGCCCCCGUGGCAGAAGGGGAGCCCGAGGAGGAGGACGGGGGCGCGGUUGGGCAGCGCAGAAGCGGCCGGCCGGGGAGCAGCCACAACGGCAGCGGGGACGGGGGCGCCGCCGCCCCGAGCUCCCGACCCCGGGAUUUCCUGUACGUGGGAGUGAUGACCGCGCAGAAGUACCUGGGCAGCCGCGCGCUAGCGGCGCAGCGGACCUGGGCGCGCUUCAUCCCCGGCCGCGUGGAGUUUUUUUCCAGUCAGCAGUCCCCCAACGCCGGGAUAAGCCAGCCCCCGCCACCCCUGCCUGUCAUCGCGCUACCGGGGGUGGACGACUCCUACCCUCCCCAGAAAAAGUCCUUCAUGAUGAUCAAGUACAUGCACGACCACUACCUGGACAAGUAUGAGUGGUUUAUGCGCGCCGACGACGACGUCUACAUCAAAGGUGAUAAGUUAGAAGAGUUUCUUAGAUCACUGAAUAGCAGUAAACCUCUCUACCUGGGUCAGACUGGCCUGGGGAAUAUUGAAGAACUUGGAAAAUUGGGGCUGGAGCCUGGAGAGAACUUCUGUAUGGGAGGACCUGGCAUGAUCUUCAGUCGAGAGGUUCUCAGGAGAAUGGUGCCACAUAUUGGUGAAUGCCUCAGAGAAAUGUACACAACUCAUGAGGACGUUGAAGUAGGAAGAUGUGUUCGACGCUUUGGUGGGACUCAGUGCGUCUGGUCUUACGAGAUGCAACAACUGUUCCAUGAAAAUUAUGAACAUAAUCGGAAGGGUUAUAUCCAAGACCUUCACAAUAGCAAAAUCCAUGCAGCCAUAACACUUCACCCCAACAAAAGGCCUGCCUACCAAUACAGGCUUCAUAAUUACAUGCUCAGCCGCAAAAUUUCUGAACUUCGCUACCGCACCAUCCAGCUCCACCGGGAGAGUGCUUUGAUGAGCAAGCUCAGUAACAGCGAAGUGAGUAAAGAGGACCAGCAGCUGGGAGUAAUGCCUUCUUUCAACCACUUCCAGCCUCGGGAGAGAGAUGAAGUGAUAGAAUGGGAGUUCCUGACGGGGAAACUCCUUUACUCAGCAUCUGAGAACCAGCCUCCUCGACAGAACAUCAACAGCAUCCUGAGAACAGCACUGGAUGACACCGUGCUACAGGUGAUGGAGAUGAUCAAUGAAAACGCCAAGAGUAGGGGACGGCUCAUUGACUUCAAGGAAAUUCAGUAUGGCUACCGCAGGGUUGAUCCCAUGCAUGGGGUGGAAUACAUUUUGGAUUUACUCCUCUUGUAUAAAAGACACAAGGGGAGGAAACUGACUGUGCCAGUGAGACGUCAUGCUUAUCUUCAGCAGUUGUUCAGCAAGCCUUUCUUCAGAGAAACUGAAGAGCUAGACGUCAACAGCCUUGUGGAGAGUAUUAACAGCGACACUCAGUCAUUCUCCUUUAUAUCUAAUUCUUUAAAGAUACUAUCUUCUUUUCAAGGUGCCAAAGAAAUGGGAGGGCAUAAUGAAAAGAAAAUACACAUUCUUGUUCCUCUCAUUGGAAGGUAUGACAUUUUCUUGAGAUUCAUGGACAACUUUGAAAAAACUUGUCUUAUUCCAAAGCAGAAUGUAAAGCUGGUCAUCACCCUUUUCAGUAGGGAUUCUGGCCAAGAUUCCAACAAGCAUAUUGAGCUGAUAAGAGAGUAUCAGAACAACUACCCUAAAGCAGAAAUUACUUUGAUCCCCAUGAAGGGAGAGUUCUCCAGAGGUCUCGGUCUUGAAGUGGCUUCUUCCCAGUUUGACAAUGAUACUUUGCUGCUAUUUUGUGAUGUUGACUUGAUCUUCAGAGGAGACUUUCUCCAACGGUGUAGAGACAAUACAAUUCAGGGACAACAGGUGUACUACCCCAUCAUCUUUAGCCAGUAUGACCCAAAGGUAACCAAUGGGGGAAAUCCUCCCACUGAUGAUGACUUUGUCUUCUCAAAGAAGACUGGAUUUUGGAGAGACUAUGGAUAUGGAAUUACCUGUAUUUAUAAAAGUGAUCUUCUGGGUGCAGGGGGAUUUGAUACCUCAAUACAAGGCUGGGGACUGGAAGAUGUAGAUCUCUACAAUAAAGUUAUUCUGUCUGGCUUAAGGCCUUUCAGAAGCCAAGAAGUGGGAGUGGUGCAUAUUUUUCAUGCAGUUCAUUGUGACCCUAACUUGGAUCCUAAGCAGUAUAAGAUGUGCUUAGGAUCCAAGGCAAGUACUUUUGCCUCAACCAUGCAACUGGCUGAACUCUGGUUGGAAAAACAUUUGGGUGUCAGGUACAAUCGAACUCUCUCCUGACAGUCCGGGCAACACAUAUUGCCUUUUUAAAGGGGAGUUUACCUCAUUGUUGGUUGUUGUUAUUUUUAUUUUAUUAUUGUUAUUUUUAUUAUUAUAAUUAUUAUUGUUAUAAUUUUAUUUUGUUAUCCUGGUCUUAAACUACUCUUGGUUGUCUUCCAAAGGGUGUUUGUUGACCUCAAGCAAGAAGAGUCUGCAGUUCACUGAUAUUUCAGAUUUCUACUGAAGUCAAUUAUGUAUUACUUUUAUAUAUCUUUAUUUGAGAUUGAGUUAAAUCGUGGCAAUCAAAUGACUUUUGAAACUCAUUCAUCAUGAGAGACAGCUUAGAAGAAUGUUCUCUUGAGGCUUAAAGAUGCAAUAUCGACUUUUAUUUUGUUUGUUACAUUCAAUGUGAUACAACUAUUUACUGGUGAAAGGUACCACAAAAGUGCUUUAUGCUUCCUAUGGGGAAGGGACUCUGUAACAUAAACUUGAGUUUUGUAAUUUAUACAAGGACUUAAAUAUAUAGACAAUAAUUUUCUUCAUCUUUAGAAUUUUUAAAGUAAAGAAACACUUCCGAUUGUAUGUUUAUUUUUUAAAAAAAGUUUUAAAAAUUGAGGAGUUUUGUUCCACAAGCAACCGGUACUGGCUACCCUGGUCUUCUGACAAUUAUGUACUCCUCACAACUGUCUGCUAUAAAUGCGAAUGAACUUUAUUUUCUCAAGGAAAUAUGAUUUAAUUAAAUAUUCAUGUACAUUUUAGAAGCUUUAUGAAACAAUGUCCUUCAUUUGCUGGCAAGAAGAUAAAAUAUGACAGAACCUGGUUAUUUAUAAUAAAACACAGGUAUAACAGUAAUCCCUUUUUCAAAAACCCUGAAGAGGUGGUGGUGUGUCCUUUCAGCCAUACCUGAUGUAUUUCUUAGCAGUCCUACUCACCAAAAUGUGCUUGCUACAUAGACUGGAAAAGUUAAUAAGGGAUUAUGGGCAUACUGUUUGUAUUAUUAUGCUUUAAAUCCUGGCCUUCACAACUGAUUAAAAAAUGAAUGGUUUCUUUAUUCAAUAAUUUACAUUCCAGGAGAAGCAUUCUUCCUCAAUCUCUUCAGCUUUGUGAUCAAACCGAAGUAAGAACAGGUCAGAAACUGCCUUUAAUUUGGGUUAAUUUGGGUUUUCAUGAAAUGUAGCAGACUGUACAUACUGUUCUGCACUUUGAUUUUCUUUUUUGACACAAUAGGACUAAAGUUUGCUUCAAAGUUGAUUUGAAAGCUGUUGUCGGAAAUCGCCACCAUUAUUUGGAACUGAUUGCCAGGAAAUCGCCACCAUUAUUUGGAACUGAUUGCCAGGCAUUUGCCUUAGUGAUGGGUUUUAUACAGGGUAACAGUCUCUUUUAGUGAGGACAUUUGGGGACCCUCAAAAAAAAAUACCAUUGCUUAAUGUUGUGACAAACGUGAAUGCACUGUCCUUGACUAUAACAUAUAAUCUUAAUGUCAGACUCAUUAGAAAGGAAUUGAUGGCACUUUGCGACGUUAAAAACCUUGACAGGGCCAACAAUUCAGAAUUGAUCUCUGCUCUCCUGUUUUCUUGGCCUUCAUAAACCUUUGCUUUAAUAGCUUAUUUUUCCUACAUUAUGUGGCUUACCUCUUUUAACAGCUUUUUUUUUCCUGAACAAUAAAUAUAUUAACAUGCAGUAAGGAUAGUCAUUUGGGAAGAGCUGUUACAAACUAAGAAUUAUUAAUGAUUUCAUUAAUGAAGAAAAGAAAUCAGGGGCUGCUCUUUUCUUUAACUUAAGACAGCUGAAAAACGGCCCGAGUCUUGAGGCAACUACCCAGGGAUGAAGUGGCAUUCUCUGUAAUACUCGUGAAAUUAUACUAAUGAAACAAGGAAAUGCAGAGAGCUCAUCUGAACCUAAUUACAUACCUGCAUACUGUCCUAAAAUUAAUGUAAGUUCAUUUAAGUUGUAUUUUGUACAACUUGUACAAAUUUGUGAUUUUGCAUUAAGCUUUCCUAUCAUUUUUUUUUUCAGGCACUGCAGUAUUUCCUGACUGAAACUUUAUUGGAAUUAUACUAGUGAAAUUAAGAGUGUUUUCCUGUCUGUGUAAUGUCUAUUAUUUAAAAUCCCUGUAAGGUUGAAGGGCAGCACAACAUGAAUGCAACCUGAAGCAUCAUAGACGUAUCUUCCUGCCAUUAGCUUUUUUGGAUGCCUGUGGGUGUUCUGUUUAAGUGUCACUCCAGUAAUAAUUCCAUCUUAUUGACCAUGCUUCUGUCCGCUCACUACCAUCCUGUGCAUUUUACUUGCAUUGUCCUUUUAAAUGUAAUCCUCACAGCAGCUCUCAGAAUAUUGAUAUCCUUUUCUUCAUUCAACAGAUAUGGAAACUGAGGCCAUGAACGAUGAAGUAACAUGUCCUGAGUUCACACUCAGCAUGCUGUAGUUGAGAUUUCAGUUAACUGUUGUCCAAAUCGGGAGCACCUGCCUUUCCACUGUAACCCAAGGCUUCUUUGUUGUUGGAGUGUUGUAGAAGACAAUGGGCAAAGGUCUAGCUGACCCUGUGAACAUGUAUGACCCACCUCCAUUCAGCAUACUUCUGCUGUAUGCCCGUUCUGGGCCGUGCUAAGUUUGCUGAUGUUUUGCUCAGUUAGAGCCUCUUCAGGCUUUUAAUCAGUCUUGCAUCACUUUGCUAGCUCCUUCUGAGUGGCAGUGUGUUGGGGAAAGGUUUCUUCUAUCUGCCUGCUCACAAGUCACCGGACAUCUGCCAGCAGAAAAUACAUGCUCAGCGUUCCUGAUGCCAGCAGCAGCCCUUAUCUUUGUGGCUUCAGCCAGCUGAGUACAGAAGCUGUCCACAAUGAGUCCCACCAUGCAGUUGCUUGACUAUUUAUGUCAUUUGACGCAUGCAGACUUGGCAUAAAGCAGCUUUGUCAGAGCUAUUUCUGAAUCUAAGAGUUGAACCCAUUGUGCCUAGUGAUAGAUGGGCAACUGUAGGAAUAAAAUACCCAAGUGUGUGGACUGCUGGUCCAACCAAGAGAAUAAAUGCUCACUGGAAAGGUAAACUAUAAAGUCCCACUCUUUUUAACAUAAGAAAUCUGCAGCCCAUCUCCAGUCAGCAGUCCCCUUUCUGGGGUGCUCUGGUUUCACAUGGUUCCCUUUUCAGAUUAGGCCUGGGAACUUCCUUCUUCCAGGAGGGGGACGCAGAAGAUGAGGAUCCUUUCUAAUGGCUUGGAUAGCCCAGAUGAGAGGCUUGUCUUGCCUCCAGGCAUGGGGAGCUCUCACCUAGGACAGCCUUGUCCUGGAGGGGGGAUGGCCUAAGCUAGACUUGGACCUAGAAAGAGACUGGUGUCUUCCCUCCCUCCACCCAACAGAAACUAUUUUUAAGCAGGUAAAAUAUACCAAGAUGAGCCUCAAAGAGCCAGUAAAAUAGCUGUAGCAUUCUCUUGGCCAUGGUGAGAUUUAUAUAGGAGAAGGAAGGCAUCCACAUGCUUGAAUUCUGUGGCUGAGCUGCCUUUCUUUCCCUACCACGUGCUGCUUUCUGAUUCACAGCAAGUCUCCUGCAAGUCAUGGAAACCUAUGUUCCUACCCCGCGAUAUCCCUAAGAGGGGACUGCUAAUCAUCUGGGGAAUUGUGUGCUGGAGCUCUCCUUUGUGCUUGUUUACUGAAGGCAUCCGUCUUCAGGAAGUAGCCUGUGAUUAUGGAUAUUACAAGGCAAAUGGGCAACACAGUGUCCUAAGGGACAAUAAAGGUAUCUGUUACCACUAUGUAGUGCUGCUGGCUUGUCUACUUUCCCCAUCUCCACGUUUAUUAGCAUCCUAACCACUGUCGAACCUACAGUACGUGCUGAGUCCAGACGCCUUCUAGAUCGAAAGGUGUUGAACCAUAGAAGCAGUAGAGGCAGGAAAAGAUGCCCGCAGCCUCGCUCAGGCACCAGAAGCACUGCCAGCCUUUCUUUGACAGAUGGUGGGGACGAGGAGACUUCCGUGGAUCAUGCCCCCAGGUGGCGACAGAGUCACAUCUGCAGCAAGCUGCAAACCACCGGGCGCUGGCAGAAAUGCCAGGAUUUGCUAGGAUAGCUGCCUUCAAUUUGACAUCCAGUUGUCUGUUUCCCUCUUCCUUUCUCAUGUCGGAAGCUGCCAAGGGUUAUGCCGUAUUUAGAGUUCUGUUCCAUGAAGGAUUUUAUUUCAUUCGGAUUAAAUCGGUAUGUGUUUGUCUCUAGGUUGAUUUAAAAAGCUGAGAGAUUGAGUUUUUCUUCUCCAUCAUGCACAGGUAGACAUUUUUGCUACUCUAUUGCCAACUUCAGUCAUGAUAGGAUCAAUUCUGAUGGAAUUGGUGAGUCUAAGAUUGGAAGGAUAAAAUUUUAUUUUAAAUGGACCUAUUAUAUAAAAAGAGAGCCUUCAACAGGAAAAAAAGAAAAGAAGCAGCAGCUUUUCUCUUUUUUUCCUAGAAUGCUUGCUCUUACCUGUGAUGUUAACCAAUUAGCAAAUACUUAUUGAGAACUUGUUGGGAACAAUUCUCUCAAGUGGAAACUCUUAAGACUGAGAAUAUGCCUCACCUGAAAGCAAACCUGUCCCUACACUCAGGCCUCCUAUGGAGUUGUUGUCCUUUUUCUGAUCAGGUCUUCCCCAGCUCCCAUCCCCUAAAUUCCCACAAACAUCACACUUCUGUGUUUUAUCCAUGUAGGGAGAAGUAGGCGUAGAUGCCAAAUAGAAUCUCAGAUUUGUGGGUGAAUUGCAAAUACAGAAAUAGGAACCUGCCUUGAUUCUUGUGUCUUGAUUCUGGCAUCAGCCAGAUGAUGUCAACUUGACAUCAGCCAAAAACAGCUCAAGGCCAGAAGUUCAUAUGCAAGUGAAAAUAAAUACCACAAUGUAAUAGCUUUCUGUGUCUAAUCUAUCAACUUUCUGUCACCACAAUCAGCCUCCAGUUUAUGUCCCCUUCCCUCCCAUACCCACCAAAGUGGCUCCAUCACCUAUUUCAAAAAGGAGAAUCUUGGUAGGUGGUAAGAAAAUGUUAGGGGCAUAAUACUAUGAAAAUGGGGAAGUGGGAAAGCCAUACCUUGUGUAGCCUUUGAAAUAUUUUCUUUUUCACUUGCCUCCUAGUUUUCAUGCCAUUCUAACAUACUGAUAACCUACUUUUCUUUUUAAUGUUUUUCUUUACUUUCCCUGCCAUUGGGUUCUUCUCUGUCUCCCCCACUUAUGAACAAUUUGAUACGAACUAUAUGAGCUUUAGACUACAAGUUUCUAGUAUUGGUUUUGAGAAGUUAUCAUCAUAUAAGUCAUGAGCUUGAAAGCUGAAGUUAACAUAAAUUUUUCAACUCUUCUUCAUUAGCAACCCUGGUCUAUUUAAAGUCUGCUGGAAUUCAUUUCUCCUCCUUGUUAGCCAAUUGGAAUCUCAAGGGCAAGGAUUUUACAAAACCCCUUGCGUAUUUGGACUAGAAACUGAAAGAAGAGAACUUUGAAACUCUUUGAUCCCCUCCAAGUGCUUCCCAUUUCUCAAUUAAUCUGUUCAAUAUUAAAUUCAGAUUUGUGGUUAAAUGGAAAAAACAUUGUAUCAAAAUAUUUACUGAGCUAAUUAUUCAGUUAAAAGAAAAGAGAUUUUAUGAAUAAAUCUUAAUGUGUAAUUUUAGAAAUUAUUUUGCUUUUGCAAACCAAGUUUACAAUGAAAUAUAUCAAUUUGCAUAUAUUUUAUAGUAUUUUUCUGGUAAUCUACUAUUAUAUAGAACUUAAGAAUAUCAAAUAAUUACAUGAUUUCUAAAGUUAUCAGUAUGUUUCCCCAAUAUCAAUAAUGUUCAUAUUUUCAUAUUCUAUGUAAGACAAGCAGAAUUCUUUUAAGAAGGCUAAGAUGCAGAGAGAGCUCGGAAGGGAAGAAACUUACUGCUCACAAUCACCCAUCCUUUCUUUUACCCCUGCCCCUUAGGCAAUGUGCACUUGAUUUAGAAAAGGGUCCCUUUGUCUCCAGACACUUCUGCCAUUUAUCACUUCAUACAGGAAGUCAUUUUAGUAAGGAAGGGGGAAAAGUCAAAGUGAUUUAUCUUCUUUGACUCAUUAUUAUGACAGCAAUUUAGUCUUGCUCAUUGUUACUCUGCACUGUUACCUGGGAAACAUUAUGCCCUUUGAGGUUCAUCAACUCUGAAGUAGGUACCAUUAUCCCCAUUUUACAGUUGAGCAAAAUGGCUUCAGAGAGAUUCAUUUUGUAAAUGUGGUUUUUAGAAAACUAGAAAUUGCUUUAGAAAUGUCCAGAUUCGUCUUUGUCUUAAAAUAACAUCUAAGGAUAUUUAGUCUCCAUUUGGAUAAGAUUCUGCACUGACUUUUGAAGACCCAAAUGGUGGUUGUUUGAGUUAGUAUGUUAUAAACUCCAAAAAAUAAGCAGAAUUUUGCUUAUGUAUAGCUUCAUUGUUACUUCUCUUCUUAAAACUCCCGAGUUUUCCAAGCUUGCUUAGAAUAAAACCUAAACUCCAUACCUUGGCACACGAUGACUGGCUGCCCUGCCUCCUGCCAACCCCCACUCUGUCCUCACUGACGCCCUUCUGCCUUCUGUUCCCAUCAUGCUGGCCUCUGCUCAGUUUUUUAAGCCUGCCAAACUCAUUCCCACACUUAGGCCUCUGCCCUGCUUGCCACCUGAACUUAGGAAACUUGUCUUUGAAAUCUUCUCAUGGCUGACUCUCUUUUUGUAUUUCAGGUCUCACCACAGAGGUCCUCCCUGGAAAUUUCCUAACCACCAAUCUUAAAUAGCAACCUCUGCCAUUCCCUCCACGUUAUGUUCCUUGACCUCUCCAUUUAUCGCCAUCAGAUAAUCCUUAUCACUCUGAUAAAAUGUUUCAUAUACCUUUCUCUGGUAUAUUCUGUUUGUGUGAAUCUGGUAUUUUCAUGGUUUACUUUUUUAUAUACCUCUCUCCUUGUCUCCUUCCUCUCUAAAUAAUACACUCCAUGAGAACAAGGGCCAUCACUGUCUUGCUCAGUGCUGGGCACCCAGGCUCUAGAAGAGGGCCUAGCUGAGCUCAUGCUCUGGCUCAGGGAUCUCAGCGUUAGGAGCAUGACCCUGACUUAGACAGCAUUGCUUAUAUUGACCGCUCAGUCUCCCUUCCAUUUCCAUCUGCUCUAUCCCUCUAAUUACUCUUCCCUAAUGCACCUUUUUCAUUUAUUUUAGCUCUGUGGAUUUCUAGCUUCACUGUAUUCAGUGUCAUGCAUCAUUUUAUCCCUUUUACUCCUCUGCCCAUCCACCAGCCACUUUUUCAUCUUUUAGCAUAAGCUGAAUAUUUGUUAAAUACUAAGCAAUACGGGGGGGAAAUACCUCUCUCCUCAUAAUAAUAGCAAAACACACACACAGAAAAACCAACGCCAAGUUAAAAGGGUUCUUCGGGAUAUCAGCAAGGAUACUAUUGAUUGUUUCUUUCUUCUUCCAACUCUGCACAAUUGUGGUGGUACUUUCCUUUAAAGGUUGCUUUUAUUUCCAGAUUAUGGAAGUAAACCAUGUCUCUGUGUAUCACUGUACUAUCACCUAAUCCAUGCUCUCAAAUCUCUCCUAUGUUUGAAGUUUCAGAUCAAAGACUUUGAUUUAAGAGGGUGUACACUUCUGAGAAAUCUGAACAGCUCUGGGGUCCAUCAGUGACCCUUACAAACUUAGGGCUCCACCCUAUCAAGAGGUUUUGAGCAGAUUUUGAGAUUAAUUAAGCAGAUUUUGAGACUGAUUGAUCUGUGUUAACAAAUCUUACAAGGCACAGAAUUCCAAUGACUCCUCAAACAAACAGUGCUGAUUAAUUUACAAAGGCAUAUUGACUGGCCUCAUAAUUUUUUCAAGAUCCAAAAUCUUUCUAGAAGCAAAAUUCAGGAAAAAGGCAUGUCUGGUAAGUACAGGUUUGGAGUUAAUUAAAACAGAUGAUGACUUUAAGCCAUAUCGCCAUCAAGCUCUGGGGUCUGAGAGUCAAAAGAGUAAAGCAAGAGCCUCCGUGGAUCACAAGCCUUUAUCCCAGGUGGCUACUCCUCCUUCCCCCUGGUACAGGAAAUUGCAGACCAUUCACUCAAUGCACGUUCCUAUAUUCCUGCUUCAGUCCUAGUGCUGUUAGAAUAAACUAGUAUCAGAGUGCAUAUAUGGCCAUUUUUUUAGAGAGCAAAAUAUUUUGGACUAUUCCACCUUUGGAACUUAUUAAAUUAUAUUUUAUAAAAUAUCAACUAGGGCAAACUAAAACCUUGCAUUCUGUGCAAAAGCAAUUAUAAAAAAACUGCAUUCUUAUGAAUGUGCAUCAGUGACUACUGAUCAGGCUAAAAAGACGAAAGAGAAUAAAAAUAAUCAGAAGUUUGCAGUGCCUUGAACUCACUCCAGUACACAGGCAGUUUAUUUUAACUCAACUAUUUGAACUUUGCCAUGAGAUGUGUGCUUUGCAACUAAACUGGAGGAGCAGUACCUGAAGGCAGCAAGUUUGACAUUACUGGAAAAGUGACUAGCCACAGCUAAUAACUAAUGGUUAAUUUAUAUGUUACAUCCAUCACACAUGUAAGUAUAAAUGAGAGAGAAUUGGGUUAUACAAAAAGCAAACUAUUUGAGGUAUGACUUUGACCUUGACCUUCAGUAACUCCAGACCAGCUCUGGCUUCUUAAGUGUAAACAAGUAAUUACCAAACAGCUCAGAAAACUCCAGUCUGCCAGUCUCCCUGAAAUGAUGGAGGUACUGUAAGAAAUGCCUCCUAUUCUAGCCUCCACACAGAACAUUAUUCUUCUAUCUUGACGACAUUACUUUGCGAUGGAUGUGUUAAAUAUGGUUAGAUUACAGGUUAUUUUAUUUUGACUUCAUCAUUAUGUUGCAUCUAUGAGGUUUGGGGAUGGGUGCAUGGUCCCAGAAACCACACAAAUACAAACUAUGUCUUAGGACAAACUACUCCUAUGAUUUACCUCUACUCAAGUGUUUUAAAACUAGCUAACACAAGGCUCUUUGCCAAGAUUAGAGAUGUGAAAUUGGCAAAACCUGCAUCUCAUCCCCCAUGACCUUAGCCAUUUCAUGUAAGUGGGAGAAAUAAUUUUCCACUCCACUGGUGCCCAUUUCUGCCCUUGCAAUCAAAUUCUAAUCCUGCACAGAGGAUGGGGGGGGGGGUCUAGCUAAAAUUUUAUGCAAUUCUAUUAAAAAUGCUUAAUUUUUAUCUUCAAUAACAUUUUCCAGCAAAUACCACUGCCUUUAUCAACAUGUUUUAUUUUUCAGAAAUAAUAGAAAAAGAAUAAGACUAGAAAUCUGAUUAAGCAGACGCAGGGUGUUCCAAGCCACAAACAACAUAACUUUCACCACAAGGCUGGGGGAUUUUACCCCAUAGACCCCAGUCCUGUGAAGGUUUUACACCUGUAUUUACUUUGUGCUGACAGAACACAUGAGGUUUCUUAUGGCAGGGUGAUAAAUCUGUCAAUCUUUCUCUCUUGAGGUAUCUCAAUUUAACUUCCAGGGUGUGUGUGCCAUUCUUUCAUCCUUUGACCCUGGGUGCUGGCAUGUCUGCUCAGAAAGCUCUGACCAUAAAGAAACAUGACAGUAUUCAUGGAACAGUGUCUCCUGAAACUCCAGUGUACUCACUUGUAAGAUCACCUCUUCUCUAAGUAAGGUGGCUGUAUAUAACAUGACAUGGCUGUGUCGGGAGCCAUGAACUGCUUUUUUGAGGUCGGGAAGUAACCAUACUUUCCCUCAGUCCCUGUUUCAAAAUGCUUCAUCUUCUUUUAGUCAUUGGUGAUCAGGG